GAAGAAGAAUAUAAUAAAGGGCUAUGAUGGGGAAACAGGGAGUAGAAAUUUAAUAUUAUUAUAAUUUUAAAUAUUUAUUAUAUAUAUAUAUAAAAAUAAAUAAAAAAGAAAUUGAAAAAAGCACAGUUCCCGAUGGGUAAAAAUAUAUUUACCAAAGCACAGAAGAAUCCGACUGUAAAUUUGGACGUUAUUGGAGGAAUCACUGCGACAAAACCUGCAGAGUUGAUUCUUUGGAGGUUGAAUUUUGGGAGGAAAUUGGAGUUGCAGUUAUAGUGGUGGCAGAGAGGUUAAAUUUGAAGUGGAAUGAAGGGUGUUAUGGUCAAAGUGAAAAAUUAAAAUGGUAUAUUUUGGAAGGGGAAAAAUAAAAAGGAGAGUUUAAUUGGAAACAACUUUACAGAACUUGCAAGUCACUUCCUCAUUAUUAUAUUCAUCUCUCUCUGCAUGCAGAGAGAUGCUCAUUCUUUUUUUAAAAAAUAAAAUAAAAUUGUGGUGUACCGUUUUUGCCCUUGGUUGUUGUCCUCAAAAUCCCCCCCUUCUUCCAUCAUCGCCAUUCUCCAUCGGACACAUUUUCGUUUCUCUCUCUUCAUUCAUUCUUCUGUAAUUUUUUUCACUCUCGACGGACGAGCUUUUUGUUUGCGUUUCCGUGUGUGUGUGUGUGUGUGUUUGUGUAACAGAGAGUUUAGGUUUUGGUUUUGGUUUUGGUUUUGGUGUGUGAUUUUGCUGUGGUUAUGGAGGUGAACAAGUACCUGAUUGGAGGAUAUUUUGACGCCGGAGUGGGACAAUUUUCGCCGGAGAAGACUAAGGCUGCGGAGCAUUUCACCAUUGAUGAUCUACUUGACUUUUCUAAUGAAGAUGCGAUAAUGACUGACGGUUGCUUCGAUAACGUGGCGGGAACUUCGACGGAUUCCUCCACUGUUACUGCUGUCGAUAGCUGUAAUUCCUCUGUUUCUGGCAGUGAUCAUCCUUUCAAUGGAAAUAUCGGCUCUCGAAGCUUCGAUGAGUCUCGAUUCUCUGAUGACCUUUGCGUUCCGUACGAAGAAUUAGCGGAACUCGAAUGGCUCUCGAAUUUCGUCGAUGAUUCAUUUUCAACGGAAGGGAAAGAUCUUCAGGCGCUUAAUUACCUCUUCAAUAGCCAUUCAAUUUCGAAGCCUCAAACUCCAGAAACUUCAUCUUCCUCGGAAUUACCGCCUUCCGUAUCAAUUCCCUCUGAUUCCUCGAAGAGCUCGCCGCGUUUCCCCGCCGAAACGCCGCUCCCUUGCAAAGCUCGAAGUAAGCGAUCGCGAACCGCUCCUUGCGACUGGACCACACGCCUUCUCCACCUCCUCACUCCGGCGGAUCAUAAACCGCCAAAAUCAUCAUCGUUAUCGAAGAAGAAAGAUGCGUUGAACGGCGAAUCCACCGGACGGAAAUGCCUGCAUUGUCAGGCGGAGAAGACUCCUCAAUGGCGAACGGGACCAAUGGGACCUAAAACGCUCUGCAACGCUUGCGGCGUCCGGUACAAGUCCGGCCGGUUAGUGCCGGAGUAUCGUCCAGCAGCGAGUCCAACAUUCAUAUCGGCGAAACACUCGAAUUCUCACCGGAAAGUUCUGGAGUUGAGAAGGCAGAAGGAGGUUCAAAUGGCGCAACAGCAUCAGUUCAUAAAUCAGAGUUCAAUUUUCGGAGUAACGAACGGUUGUGAUGAAUACUUGAUUUCUCAUCACAUGGGGCCCACUGUUCGGCAUAUGAUGUAGUGGACCGUAGCGUAGGAAUCUUAGCAUGGACUUCAUAUUUUCGCAAUUACUUUUCUUUUCCUCCUUUCCUUUUCAGGUCCAUUUUGGUCAUAUCAUAUAAGAAGACAGAUGAGCUGGCAAUUCUAUUUUA